AUGCCAAAUACCCUCCCUGUCCUUGCAGAGGGCGAGGGCGAACCUAUUGCGUCGGCUUUUCCCCUCCCACCUCAGUUCAACCCCAGCUGGGCUCAGCACAGCAAAUGCCUGCGGAAGCCGUGGCGGCAGAGAGGCGCUCUCUCGGACACGACAGCUGUGGCAAAGCCGAGUGCUGCUGCAGUAAUCCAAAUCAAACGGUCGAAUCGAAUCGAAUCGCAUCGCAUCGCGUCCCGGACGUCGUUCGAGUCGAGUCGAGUCGAGUCUUCAGCACCACAAGCCUCGCCCCCCCUCCCCUCUCCAGUGUGCGACGUCGCCCGUGCCUCGGACUAG